AUGCUUCUCCGGGCGGCCGCCGCCGCCGCCGCCGUCGCCCACCGCCUCCUCGUCAUCCACCCCGUCCGCCGCAUAGCCUCUUUGAAGGUCCCGUGGCGCCGCGACGAAGCCCUCGACGCCUCAAUCAACCGGGACCGGCGCUUCCGCCUAGCGUCCCGCCUCAUCCGCGAGGUGCUCCUCUCCCCCGGCCGCCGCCUCCUCCUCCGGUACCUCGCCAAGCGCCGGGAGCGCAUCCGCCUCCCGGUGCACGUGCAGACCUUCCUCCGCCGGUACCCCACCCUCCUCUCCGUCUCCGCUCCCCCCGACCCCGUCGCCUCCCCGUCCCCGCAUCUCCUCUCCUACCUCGACUCCGCCGCCCGUCUCCAGGCCACGCACUCCCCGCUCCUCGCCUCCAGGCUCGCCAAGCUCCUCAUGAUCUCCUCCACGCGCGCCCUCCCGGUCGCCAAGAUUGCCGCCGCCAAGCGCGACUUCGGCCUCCCGGACGACUUCUUGGUCUCCUUGGUCCCGAGGUACCCCGAUCUCUUCCGCCUCGUGGGUGACCCUGGGCCCGACGCCUCCGGCAAUGCGUUCCUGGAGCUUGCUUCCUGGGACGACCGGCUCGCGAAAUCAGUGAUUGAAUCGAGGGCCGACAGGGAGGCCGAUGUUGUCGGCAUUCGGCCGAGACCCAAUUUUACAGUCAAGUUACCCAAGGGCUUCUACCUCAAGAAGGAGAUGCGGGAUUGGGUGAGGGAUUGGCUCGAGUUGCCGUAUGUGUCACCGUAUGCUGACACGUUCGGGCUUAACCCGGCAUCACCGGAGGCAGAGAAGAGGUUGAUUGGUGUUUUGCAUGAGGUGUUGUCACUGUCGGUAGAGAGGAGGAUGGCAGUGCCGAUUAUCGGGAAGUUUUGUGAGGAGUUUAAGCUCUCAAAUGCGUUCUCUAAUGCCUUCACGAGACACCCAGGCAUAUUCUACGUGUCGUUGAAGGGUGGCAUCAAGACGGUUGUAUUGAGGGAGGCGUAUGAUGAAAACGGGGUCCUUGUGGAUAGGGAUCCUAUGAUCGAGCUGAAGGAGAGGUUCAUGGCAAUCAUGGAUGAAGGGCAUAGGAAGUAUUUGGAGGAUUUGAGGAGGAAGAAUGAGAAGCUGCAGAAAGAGAGGGAAAGUGCAACUCGCAAGGGCACCAAUGUUGCCAAAAAUAUCGAGGAGGAAAGUAUGGAGGAAUCAGAGGAGGACGAGGAUAGAGAAUAUGAUUUUGCACAAGUAGACUCAGAAGGAAGAGAGCUACUAUGAGUGGCCGUUGUGAUUCUCAUUAUGCUUCUAAUGGUAGUGUGACCUGCAAAAUAGUGGCCAAGGAUCGGACGAGUUGUCAUAUCCUAAUGUGAUCAUUUGUCAGCUAGUAAAGAAGACGCCUUAUUUGGCAGCUAAUAAAUAAUAUGAUGGGUUAAUCUUAGACCCUUUUGUUUCUCCAAAUGAGGCUGGAAUAUAGUUUCAUGAUGAUCGGAAUUUUCUUACGAGUCCUGUGCUCUACUCAUCUGGUGGAUUUUGGAGCACAGUGAUGUCUUCUCUUUGGAACUGCGCAGAUUCAGGGUGAGAAGUUGGAUUCUAUUCACUUGAAGGCCCUCCCAGUUUGGCCUUUUAUCAGUGAACAUGGAUGAAAAGGUGAUGUCCUCGCACGUUCUAAAGGUUAACUGAAAUGAAGCUGAUAAAAAGAAAUAUGGAGGUCUUAGAAUGAUGAACCUGGAGCAUGAUGAGCACCAUCAAGUGUAAUAGGCUGCCGACGAUGGUGGCCAUGGUGCCAAGGAGCAGGAGCAGCGACAACAAAGAAGCAAUACAUGAUCGAUGAGAGGACGAGAUCGGGUUAGAUACUGCCGAGCAGGUGAUGGAGUUGCCGUUGGGGGAUCUCAAAUGGGGGCAAUGAUACGAAGAGUAAGAGCGCCUAGCGCGUUGCAGGUUGGUGAUCUUGACACAGCUUGAUUCUCAAACAGCCUAGGUCAAGGCGGAAAUUGAGCUUACAAGCUAAUCACAUAGAUCAACAAGGCUGAUUUCUUCAAAUUUGUCGAGCCAAACUCGAGGAUUAUCUAGAGCUAGUGAGCUGGUUCUGGAUUUUAUCCGGCAAUCUUUUGUACUCUUCUCUAAGAAAAAGGCAUGGGCUUAGCGUAAGGUA